GCCAUGGUUCUCUAUCCAGACGUUCAAGCUCGUGCACGAGAAGAGAUAGAGGCAGUUGUCGGGACGGAACGUCUUCCCGACUUUAGGGAUAGGCCAGCUUUACCAUACAUUGAAGCCGUGCUCCGCGAGAUUUUGAGGUGGAAACCUGUUGUGCCUUUGGGCAUACCUCACGCUGCAGCAAGCGAUGAUGUUUAUGACGGUUUUAUGAUUCCGAAAAGAGCCGUUAUCAUCCCUAACCUCUGGGCCAUGGCUCGCGACCCGCUCAAAUAUUCAUCCCCGGACACAUUCAGCCCAGAACGAUUCCUUGACUCAAACGGUAAUCUCGUUCACGAUACACCGUAUUUUGUGUUUGGCUUUGGCCGCCGCAUCUGCCCUGGCCGUCACCUCGCGCUCGGAUCAGUGUGGAUUGCUAUCGCCCAAAUUUUGGCGUCAUUUUCGAUCGAGAAAGCGAAGGAUGCUGCUGGAACCUCGAUUGACCCGAAUCCGGGAUGGACGCACGGUGUAACCUCCUGCCCCAAACCGUUCCCAUGCAACUUCAUUGCCAGAAAAGCGUGAAUAUCUACAAGACACGCCUCCGUUCCUCUCCGGAUUUUAGACAGUAAGGGUAAAGAACACAAUGUUAUUUUAGUACAAC